AUGGAGCUGCAUGCUAGACGGAGAGCCACUGGAUUGGGAAAGAAAGGUGACUGGACGGAGGGAUUCACGGCGACAGCAGCCAGCGUGACAGAAUGCUAUUUGACGGUAACAGACCAUUCUUUCAGUGGUAUUUUCCGUGACGGACAUCUUUCGGUGUGCACUGGCAUGGCUUAUAUAUCUCAGUUUGCGAGGCCAUUUCCAGUUCAGAGAGUCAAUGGAAGAACGAUGCAGCAUUUAGGUACACUAAAAGGUCAAGUUCUAAGCAGCAUCGGCGACCAUGAUGGACGAUUUCAUAUUGAGAGGACUAUUUGCUUCACUGCUACCGACAAGCAGGAGCCAGUCGUUUCACUUACCUCAGACAUGCCGGUUUUGCAAGAGACAGAAAGUGGUACUAAAGUUACCCCUGCAUCUGAAAACUCCUACUUCGCUGGCAGAGGUGCUGGUAAACCAGGAUUCAUCUCUUUUCAUGGAAGCACCUUCCAAAAGACAACUGUGGAGAGCGUGCCACAUCCUGGCAAGGAAGCAUCUCGAUUAGUUUGGUUUAUUGGCCCUACUAUCCUCGUGUCUUUCUUGGUUCUUCCAUCUCUUUACUUGCGCAAAGUACUCUCAGCCGUGUUUGAAGAUUCCUUGUUGACAGAUUUUCUUAUACUAUUCUUUACCGAGGCUUUGUUUUAUGGGGGAGUUGCAAUUUUUGUCUUCUUGAUUGAUAAAGUCUGGAGACCUUUGCAGCAAGUGGCACCAAAGAGUUACAUUUGGUCAAAAUCCAGAUUCUUCCGUAUUUCCUCAGUAACAACAAUGGUUCUGAGCUUGAUAAUACCUCUUUUAACAAUGGGCAUGGUAUGGCCCUGGACUGGACCAGCAGCAUCAGCGACUCUUGCCCCUUAUUUGGUUGGACUCGUUGUACAGUUUGCAUUUGAACAGUAUGCACGGCAUCGGAAAUCACCUUCUUGGCCGGUGAUUCCUAUUAUCUUCAAGACUUGGGAUUGGCUAUCAGUGCAUCAAGUAAUUCUGGACUCUGGUAGAAGCAUUUUGAAGAAUCUAUGGCAACAACCAAGUCUUGGAAAUGUGGAAGAAAAUAAUCCAGUGAAGUAG